CAGAACGAGUCCCUGACUCUCGGUUCAGUUGCUGUUCGUACGCCGGGCCCCGUUGGUGCGUUCCGCGGCUUCGUCCCGAGCUUCGAAAGAAUUUUCAAAAUACCCGUUCACGUCAGCUUACGCGGCAUCGACGUAACACAGGAGAGUGAGAGAGAAAGAGGGAGAAAGAGAGUGAGUCUGACGUACUGCGUCAGACAUUGACUCUCGUCACGAGGGGUCAAAGAGAAUUCGGAACGCGCGAUCGACGGGCAAGCGGUGUCUCGGUGUGAGGUGAUUUAAGAAUCGGUGGCUGCUCGUCGUAACCGUCCUAGAAGACGGCAGGGAAGGAAGAAAUCGGAACUCAAUACAGCCUGCGGACGAUUUCGAGGAAAGCGACGCCUUGCAAGAAGGAAAAGCAAAUCGACCAAUAAGCGCGAGUUUCCCGCGCUAUUGGCCCGUGGGGAAAUAAAACAACCACGGGAUCGAACGGAUUUAGUCGGUUUUCGGCGUGGAUUAUUGGAAACGGCUUGCAGCCGGCUGUGCUGAAUCGAAAAAGGAAGACGUUGACCGAGGAGAGCAAUGGCGGUGUUUGGGCUAGUCUCGGCGGUGGCCGGUUUCGUGAAGGUGCGGUACCUGGUGGACAAGGCGAUCAUCGACAACAUGGUGUUCAGGGCACACUACAGGAUCACCUCGGCGAUUCUGUUCGCCUGUUGCAUCAUCGUCUCUGCCAAUAAUCUAAUAGGUGAUCCGAUAAACUGCCUGAGCGACGGAGGGGUGCCGGAGAACGUGAUAAACACGUACUGCUGGAUCACGUACACCUUCACGCUGCCCCACAAUAGCGCGAAACCGGUGGGCACUCACGUGGCUCACCCCGGCCUCGGCGGCGACAUCGGGGAGAAGAGGUACCACUCGUAUUAUCAGUGGGUGCCCUUCAUGCUGUUCUUCCAAGGUAUCCUAUUCUACAUGCCCCACUGGAUAUGGAAGCAGUGGGAAGAGGGCAAGGUCAGAAUGAUAUCCGAGGGUAUGAGGGGGACCUUGGUCGAUAACAAACCCGAGCGACAGGUCAAGUCCCAACGAUUGGCCAAAUACAUCUUCGACACGUUGCACCUGCAUAACAGCUAUGCGGCUGGUUACUUCUUCUGCGAGGCCCUCAACUUCGUUAACGUGGUUGGCAAUAUAUUCUUCAUCGACACGUUCCUUGGCGGCGCCUUUUUGUCCUACGGAACAGAAGUGCUCAAAUUCAGCAAUAUGAAUCAGGAGCAACGCAGCGACCCCAUGGUCGAGGUGUUUCCGCGAGUCACCAAGUGUACCUUCCACAAAUUUGGUGCUUCCGGGACUAUUCAGAAGUUUGAUGCUCUUUGUGUCCUCGCUCUCAAUAUCCUCAACGAAAAGAUCUACAUCUUCCUCUGGUUCUGGUUCAUCGUCCUGGCUGUGCUAUCAGGAGUCGCUCUGCUGUAUAGUAUGGCCGUGGUUCUGCUGCCCAGUACUCGGGAGACUAUUCUCAUGAAACGAUUCAAGUUUGGCACUGCGGAUAGCGUUACUGCGCUCAUCAGAGAGACACAGGUCGGAGACUUCAUGCUGCUUCACCUACUGGGACAGAACAUGAACGUGAUGAUGUUCAACGAGGUACUGGAGGAGCUUUGUCGUCAUAUGAAUCUCGGCUCGACGAGCGGAGCGUCACCCACCUCGGUACCCUCGGCACCCAGCACUCUCGAGAUGUCACCCAUCUACCCCGAGAUCGAGAAAUACGCGAAAGACACCGAGAUCUAAUGCUUACGUUCUCCUCGACCUUAAUCUUUGCCUUCUAUUUUGCAUUGUGAUAACGCCCAGGGUGAUCCUCCCCGACAUCCUCGGCUACUUGAGAAACGUUUGUGCUAUCGACGGUUGUGUGAAAACGAAGACACGUUCAAUUAGAUACGCGACCAAGACGAGAUCUUGCCACUUCCUUUUCGACCAAUGUAUCAGAGCGUGAAGGACCUUACUUGCCGCCCGGGGGAAUAGUAAAAACGAUAAACUUAUCAUUGCUCUCGUGUUUCCUAUCAUCCAUAGCACAAACCAACGUUAGGUUAUCGAACGAAUAUGUAACGUAGACGAUAACGCGCGAUACUUUCGGCUCGACAAUGCGUGUCCGCGUGUGGUCGUUCAUCGAUGUUAAAUUAUAGUAAGCCGAAUUUCACGCGCACAAGUGUUCGUCGAUUAUCUGUAAUGUCGCGUUCGCCACCCUGUAGUUACUCCCCGCGUCGCCGGGCACGACGUGCGCAACAAUAACACCGUGAAUGAUUACUAUGGAAUUUGAAACGGCGAGCGCGGCCAACUCAUUUCUCCAACAAAAAUCAAUCGUUACGCGUAGAUGUUCGCAUCGAUCGGGUUCCUGAAUUCCUAUUUACGUUACACGUUUACAUUCCUUUUUAUACUAAUCUCUGCGUAUCGUGAUGAAAUAAGUGCCUUUUUGGGAAGUGACAAGUUGCGUUCGACGACUCUCGUGAACGUCAACGAAGCCACUGCAAUUGUUGUUCGUCGAUGGUGUAUCGACACAAGUUCUCCCAAGUAAUAUUCGGACUAUUCGUGAUUCGUGUUUACGAGAAAGAACGAUAAAAGAAAAGCGGAAAAAGCGUGGUAUUGAACAAAUUAUUAGAGAUAAACAUAGA